AUGGAAGAAGAAGAUGUACUGUAUCAACUGGCCGCUUCAGUAUGGCAAGAUGAGGAUGGAGGAGAUAUAGCUGUGAGGAUACCUCUCCGUUAUAGGGAAUGGGCUGAUGUGUUCAGUAAAGAGAAGAUACAGGAGUUGCCUCCGCACUCCCGAAAUGAUCUGAAGAUCAAUCUCUUGCCUGGCACCGCUCCCCUAUUUGGCCUGCUAUACCCAUGUUCCGCUCCAGAGCAGAAGGUCCUCCAAGAGUACCUGGACAAAGAGUUGUCUUUGGGAAAGAUCUCCAGAUCUAGCAGCCCAGCGGCGGCGCCAAUAUUGUUCAUACCUAAGAAGGAUGGUAUUGCGGGUUUCCACAAAGGUUUGAACAAGGUUACUGUCAAGGACAAGUACCCACUGCCUAUCAUGAGCGAGCUCAGGGAUAGAUUCUUCAAGGCCAAGAUCUUCACGAAGAUAGACCUGAAGAAUGGCUUCAAUUUGAUCAGGAUAGCAGAGGGUGCUUUCAGAACCCGCUAUGGAGUGUAUCAGUAUAAUGUAAUGCCAUUUGGUCUAUGCAAUGCCCCCUCCGCCUUCCAGGCAAUGAUCAAUGAUGUGCUGAAGGAACUACUGGAUGAAGGAGUUGUCGUCUAUAUCGACGACAUUCUCAUCUACUCGGAGACUGAGGAAGAGCAUGAAAGGCUGGUGGAGAAGAUUCUACAGAAACUCAGGGAAGCUAAACUGUGUGCCUCCAUCAGCAAAACAUCCUUCUAUAUCCGAGAAGUAGAAUACCUCGGCUGUCAUAUUUCGGAAAAGGGAGUAUCUAUGUCAGAGGACAAGGUAGAGGCGGUACAGGAAUGGCCAGUGCCUCGAAAUAUCAAAGGAGUUCAAGGCUUCCUGGGAUUUGCAAACUUCUAUCGCCGCUUCAUUGAAGGCUUCAGUAAAGUUUGCAAACCGUUGACCGACCUCUUCUAA